AUGGAAACGUCAAUGAGCAUCGUGUUGGAAAGUCUACCAUCGGAACAACCCGUCCAAGCUUACGUUACCGGCGUAGAGUCCACGCUUGAUGCUCUCCAUGUCGAUGAUAGCUUGAACGACAGCAAACGUGAACUCUCAUACGAAGACUAUUACGGAGAUGAAUCUGUGGAUCUAAACCACAAGAAGCAGAAAACUUCGGAAGCAAGCACCAUGCCACCUCCUUUGAUACGCCAUAACCAAAAUUCUGCGUCUUUGGACACCUGCUGUGCCGGUACAAACGACCCAACAGGCAAAAGUAGUUCGUCCUUCAGAGAGCGCCGACACGCCCAGAUGGCAGCCAUGCUGGAAUAUGCCAGCAAAUUGGCACAGGAUGCGGGAGCUCUUUCAGCUGCAGAAAGCCCUCAACCUUUCGAGUCGGAAGCUCGAAGGCGGCCUACGCGACGCAACUCAUUUGUUGUCCAUAGGAAAAAUGUCACGACCAUGUUCCCUGGAAUGAUGAUCGAAUCUACCAACAUCCUACGCAAACACAUCGAGGCUUCAUCUCCCAAGCAAGAAUUCUUCGAACAGUCGCAAAACGAUUCCACGGUCUUUCUGCGCCACGCUAGUCUCCCGUGCUGGCGAAAGCCCGUGGUGCUUCCGACUGCCAUGGAACCCCCUGUCGACAUGUGCACAGAUGGUCCACGAGCUGCUUAAGCAGCGAUUUUGGGAUAAGGAAACAUGUUUCACUUUGCGACGGAGAAACCUUUCAGUACCACCAAAUGCCUGGUGCCUCAUGGAAGAAUACCUUGGUCCGCCCUUGGCUAUGGAACAUGAGCAGUAUACGCGACUUUAUAUUACACAAUCAAUA